CAAAGUGUAAAUAUCGAGACUUGUUUUUCUGUCAAAAAGAACGUCAUUCUUCAUUAUACAGUUCAAUUGCAACAACAUGAAUACUCCGAUACGAAAUUAAAGUUAAUAAAAAUCAUAACAAAAGUGUAAACUAUUACCAUAAGUCUACUAUUAUCAUUUAUCAUUUAUUAUUUUAUCUCUCUAGUUGUCUUUAUCAGAUUACAAUGCCGAUUUUAUACAGCGUUGUGUCUCGUGGCACGACGGUUUUAGCGAAAUAUGCCUCAUGUGCUGGUAAUUUUGCAGAAGUCACCGAACAAAUCAUGGCCAAAAUUCCACCCGAUGAUAAUAAAUUGACCUAUUCUCAUGGCAAUUAUCUGUUUCACUACAUCUGCGAGAACAGGAUCAUUUAUAUGUGCAUCACGGACGAUGAGUUUGAAAGAGCAAGAGCUUUCUUGUUUCUAAACGAAAUCAAAAGAAGAUUCUUUGCAUCUUUCGGUAUGACUGCAGAAAAUGCAAUAGCUUAUGCGAUGAACAGUGAUUUUUCAAAUGUUUUGGCUGCAGAAAUGAAGCACUUUUCAGAAUCUCGAGAAAUAGACACCAUGGCCAAGGUUCAUGGACAGUUAGACGAACUUAAGGACAUUAUGGUCAAAAACAUAGGUCCUUUUAACAUCUUCAUUUUCGCAUUUUUUAUCUGGAUAUAUUCUGGUUAUAGUUUUUCUAACAUAAGCGCGACGUCUUCGAUGACUUUUGCUAUCAACAUAUGAAUCAUUAUUAACUUCUGAAAAUUGUUUCUCUUCAUUUGUGUACAUUAAAAGAAACAGCAUUAGCAUAAAUUUAUUUUAAACCUA